AUGAAGACCCCAGGCCCUGUCCAUGUCUGUGGCAUCGGGCUGGUCCUGCUCUCACUGCUUGCUGUCUUCCAGACCACGGCUGCCCAGAAGGUAGCAAAUGACAUCGACAUCUAUAGCCUCACCGUGGACUCCAAGGUCUCCUCCCGAUUUGCCCACACGGUCAUCACCAGCCGGGUGGUCAACAGGGCCAGCACAGCACAGGAGGCCACCUUCCAGAUGGAGCUGCCCAAGAAAGCUUUUAUCACCAACUUCUCCAUGAUCAUCGAUGGUGUGACCUACCCAGGGAACAUCAAGGAGAAGGAGGCAGCCCAGGAGCAGUAUAGCAAGGCCGUGGCAAGAGGAGAGAGUGCUGGCCUAGUCAAGGCUACCGGGAGAAAGACAGAGCAGUUCCAGGUGUCUGUCAGUGUAGCACCCUCUGCCAAGGUCACCUUCGAGCUGGUAUACGAAGAGCUGCUUAAGCGGCAUCUGGGAGCGUAUGAGCUGCUGCUGAAAGUCCACCCACAGCAGCUGGUCAAGCACCUGCAGGUGGACGUUCACAUCUUUGAGCUUCAGGGCAUCAGCUUCUUGGAGACAGAGAGCUCCUUCAUGACCAACGAGCUGGAGAACGCCCUCCUUAUCUCGCAGAAUGAGACCAAGGCUCACAUUCAAUUCAAGCCCACACUGGCCCAGCAGCAAAAGUCUCCUGAGGAGCAGGACACAGUCGUGGAUGGCAACUUCAUCGUCCGCUAUGAUGUGAACCGGACCCUCUCCGGGGGCUCCAUUCAGAUCGAGAAUGGCUACUUUGUGCACUACUUUGCCCCCGAGGGCCUGCCCACCAUACCCAAGAAUGUGAUCUUUGUCGUCGACAGGAGUGGUUCCAUGCAUGGCAGGAAAAUCCAGCAGACCCGGGAAGCCCUAAUCAAGAUCCUGGAUGACCUCAGUCCCAAAGACCAGUUCAACCUCGUUGACUUCAGCUGGGGGGUCACCCAGUGGAAGCCCUCACUGGUGCCAGCUUCAACAGAGAAUGUGGACAAGGCUAAGGCCUAUGCUGCUGGUAUCCAGGCCCAGGGAGGGACCAACAUCAACGAUGCGAUGCUGAUGGCCGUGAAGCUGCUGGAAAGUGCCAACCAGCAGGAGCUGCUUCCAGAAGGGAGUGUCUCCCUCAUUAUCCUGCUUACUGACGGCGACCCCACGAGGGGGGAGACCAACCCUGUGAAGAUCCAGAAGAAUGUGGAGGAAGCCAUACGUGGCCAGUACAGCCUCUUCUGCCUGGGCUUUGGCUUUGACGUCAGCUACCCCUUCCUGGAGAAGCUGGCACUGAGCAACGGUGGUCUGGCUCGGCGCAUUUAUGAAGACUCAGACUCCACCCUGCAGCUCCAGGAUUUCUACCAGGAGGUGGCCAACCCACUGCUGACUAGGGUGGCCUUUGAAUACCCGAGCAACGCCGUGGAGGAGGUCACUCAGGACAACUUCCGACUGCUCUUCAAGGGCAGUGAAAUGGUCGUGGCCGGAAAGCUCCAGAAACAGAGCUCUGAUGUGCUCUCAGCCAAAGUCAGUGGGCAGCUGCACAAGCAGAAUAUCACCUUCCAAACGGAGUCCAGCAAGGCAGAGCAGGAGCAGAUGUUCCAGAGCCCCAAGUACAUCUUCCACGGCUUCAUGGAGAGACUCUGGGCAUACCUGACCGUCCAGCAACUCCUGGAGCAGAUAGUUUCUGCAUCAGAUACUGAGAAGCCAGCACUUGAGGCCCAAGCUCUAAGCUUGUCACUCAACUAUAGUUUUGUCACCCCCCUCACAUCUAUGGUGGUCACCAAACCCGAAGGCCAAGAACAGUCUCAAGUUGUGGAGAAGCCCGUGGAAAAUGAACAAAACCUCAGGAGUAGGCUCCCAGGUUUCUUCAGUAUUCCUGACCCAGCAAGCGGAAUGCCCAGAAUACAAGACGUAAGGGUGACAGCCCCACCUCCAGACCUCACCCAGGCUCCGCCCAUCAUCCUGCCACUGCUCGGCCAGAGUGAGGACCAUCUCUGUGUGGACAUCAAGCGUGCCCAGGGGCCAAUGAACCUGAUUUCAGACCCUGAGCAAGGGGUUGAGGUGACUGGUGAGUACGACACACAGAAGGCCCAAUUUUCAUGGAUUGAGGUGAACUUCAAGAACCUUCAGCUGCAGGUCCGAGCAACCCCUGAGCAUGUGGUGGUGACUCGGAACCGAAGAAGCUCUGAAUACAAGUGGAAGGAAAUGCUGUACUCUGUGAUGCCCGGCCUGAAGAUGACCAUGGACAAGGCAGGCCUCCUGCUGCUCAGCAGCCCAGACAAAGUGACCAUCGGCCUCCUGUCUUGGGGCGGCCCCGGGAAAGGGCUACAACUCCUUCUUCGGGACACCGAUCGCUUCUCCAGCCAUGUUGCAGGGAGCCUUGGCCAAUUUUACCAGAAUGUGCUCUGGGGACCUCCAGCAGCAGAUGACGACAGCAAGCGAACUCUGAGUGUUCAGGGUCAUGACUACACUGCAACCAGAGAGCUCAAGCUGGAUUACCAAGAGGGACUGCCAGGCAGAGAUAUUUCCUGCUGGACUGUGGAGCUAUAGUUCUGAUGGGGGGUCACACCCACGUUUUACCCUCCUGUGUGCAAAAGAUUGUCACCUUGGGGUCCCCAGGCCACCUGUGAGGCCUGGACAGUGAUGGG